UACAAUAAAAUACUUAUAAAACCUAUUCAGCACUUUCUGCGAAUUAUUUUACUUGUUGGUAGUUUCAUACCGUUUCGCAUCACCAAACUUGUUAUUACCGCCAUAUUUUGAUUUACAAAAACACCAUGUCUGUGAUUCCUCUUAAAGUUGUGGUAAGAGCACGGCCACUCAUUCAAAAAGAGAUUGACGAAGGAUGCCAGACUUGUCUUAAUUUCAUUCCAUAUGAGCCACAGAUUAUUCUUGGCAAAGACAGAAGUUUCACAUAUGAUUUUGUCUUCAGGCCAACUGACCCCCAAAUCUCAGUGUAUGAAGAUGCCGUCAAACCUCUCAUCCAACAUAUUUUCAAAGGUUAUAAUUCAACUGUUCUUGCGUAUGGACAGACAGGAAGUGGUAAAACAUUUACUAUGGGUGGUGGUUAUGAAGAUUCCCUGAAGAUGGACCCUGACGGUAUGGGUAUUAUACCUAGGAUUGUACAGGAAAUCUUUAAUACCAUCAGUGAGAAGGAGAACUACAAAUUCAAAGUAGCAGUUUCAUAUUUAGAGAUCAUUAAUGAGGAUUUGCAAGAUCUGCUUGUCAACAACAAGAAAGACUCUUUAACAAUAAGAGAAGAAAAUGGAGUCAUAAAGCUUCCUGGUUUACGAGAAGUGCCAGUAAGCAAUACUGAGGAGACAAUGAAAUAUUUAGAGCAAGGUUGUAACAACAGGACCACAGCUGCUACUGCCAUGAAUAACACAUCCAGUAGAUCACAUGCCAUCUUCUCUGUAUAUAUAGAACAACAACACGAGGAAGAUAUAAAUGACUUCUGGAAGGUCAAAUUACAGCUGGUGGAUUUAGCAGGGUCAGAGAGGGUCAAGAAAACACAUGCAGAAGGGGCCAGACUUAAAGAAGGUAUAAACAUCAACAAAGGGCUAUUAGCUCUAGGAAAUGUUAUAAGUAUUCUUGGAGACGAGACAAAGAAGAUAUUACAUGUACCAUAUAGAGACAGCAAACUUACCAGGAUAUUACAAGAUUCACUGGGUGGAAAUAGUCAUACUUUAAUGAUAGCUUGUGUUAGCCCAGCUGACAGCAAUAUGGAAGAAUCAUUAAAUACACUAAGAUAUGCAGAUAGAGCUAGAAAGAUCAAAAAUAAGCCAGUGGUGAACUGGGACCCACAGACUGCAGAAAUAAUGAGGUUGAAAGGACAGGUUCAACAGCUGACUAUGAAGUUAAUCAACGCAGGGCUCACAGAGCUUGAUAGUGAAAGUGACUUGAACAUAGUUAAACCUGAUUCACCUACCAGAGAAAAAGACGCUCAAGCUCUACAGAAAUGGAUAGAUAAAUGUAAAGAAUUAGAGGAGGAGGUUAUAAACCUGCACAAGGAGUUAAGAAUAUCAGUUGACCAGGCAGCUACAAUGGGGGAGAAGGCAUUAAGAUGGGAGAUGAAAUGUGAAAGACUAAAGUCACGUCUAAAAGAGCUGGAAUCUAAUAUAGGUGUAGACUUUGAUUUGCUGAGUUCAAGCAUUGUUGAUGAGAACAACCCUGCAUUGGCUGAACAGCUGGAGAAAUUAAAAGCUCUUGCUAGCAAACUUAAUGAUUCAGUGAGUACAGAGAAUACAGCAGAAUCUUCUGAAGACGAGGAAAAUGCUGAAACUGAGGCUGAGGAAGGUCAGGAUGAAAUGCCGUGCACACCAGAGUCUCGUGAGAUGUUAAAACAACAUACAUUACGACGAGCACGCAUGAACAAUCAACUGACUGAGUUAAACAAGAUCUUAGAAACAAAAGAGAAAUUAGCCAACAAAUUCAUCCAAAAUGAUACCAAGAUGGUUGAAAUGCAAGCAAAAUAUGAGCAAGACAUGAAGAAUCUAGAGGUGGAGAUAAGUUCUUUACAGAAAGAAAAAGAGAAUCUAUCAACAGCUUUAGAGGAUGCCAAGACAAAUGUUGCUGCCAGCAAGUUAAGUGAACAGAGAAGGAAAAGGCUACAAGAACUGGAGGGUCAAAUGGGUGAUUUGAAGAAGAAAUUGGUAGAGCAGAAAAAAAUGCUGAAAGUAAAAGAUCAGUCAGAGAAACAAGUUACUCAGCUUAACACAGAAAUUCAGGGUUUGAAGACACAGAGAGUAAAGUUAAUGAAACAGAUGAAGGAGGACAAUGACCAGUGGAGGAAGUGGAGACAAAAGAAAGACAAGGAAGUCUUACAGUUACAACAAAAGGAUAGAAAACGUCAGUUUGAAAUCCAGAAAUUACAACGUGAGAACAAGAGAACUCAAAAUGUUCUUCAUAGAAAGUCGGAAGAGGCUGCAGCAGCCAAUAGAAGAUUAAAGGAAGCUUUAGCAAAACAGAAACAAGUUAUAGAGGAGAGAAACCAAAAGUUUGAGAAAUGUGAUAAAAAUGCUAUAGGAAAUAGAGUUAGGAAAUGGUUGAGUUUUGAGCUAGAUGUUAAAGUUGGAAUAAUGGAAGCCAAAUACCACAGAGAAAGUCUGUUACAGGAUCGUAAAAUGUUGGCAGAACAACUGAAGGAGUUAAAGGAGAGUCUGAAUGAUGAUGCUCCACCAUCAAAGAAAAUGGCAUGGAUGGAUGACUCUGGAAAGAAACAUGAGACAAGUUUUGAGGAGGAAGAAACUAAGAAAAAAGUUCAUCAUCUUCAACAGCAGAUAGAAUUAAGAAAUGUUCAAAUUGCUGACUUACAACAGAAAAUCUUUGAUGCAGAGCAAGAGGGUAAAGGCAAAUCUACAAAGGAUAAUCUUCAUACAAUGAUGGAGGCUAAGAUAGCUCUCAAAUGGCUUUUAGAUCAGUCGGUGUCAUUUAAAGCUGACAAUAAUCGUAUACGGCUAGAGAUGGAGGAAAUGAAACAUUCUGUAUCUGACAGGAACAAUGAUAAUGAUGAAAUUCUGAGUGAACUAGAGGAGAAAAUAGAGCAACUGAAGAAGAAAUAUGAGAGAGAUAUAACCAGACUACAGUCUGAUCAUCAACAAGAGAUAGAGAUCUUGCUGGCAUCUAGUGCUAAUGUUGCUACAACCAGUACAGACUUGAAAGAUGAACUUAAAUCACAGAAAAAAGAAAUAGAUGAUCUGAAGAAACAGCUCAAGAAAAAGACUGUGGAAUAUAAUAAAAUGGAAAAGCACCUUACAAAGUACAUGUACCAAGAUAAGAAAGUUGCCUUGAUGCCAGAGUUAACCGAUGACGAGAGUGAGAUUGCAGAACCCAAAUCUCCAUUUCUAGCAAUGAGACCAAAGAGUACAGCUGCUGGAAGGUCUGUGUUUGGCCUGAUUCAGACGGAUGAAUCUAUCCGAAGUUCAGAUGAAUUUGAGAAACCACCACGACCUCCAAUGAGAAAAUCCGUAUCGGCAGGAAUGCUGGCCAGCAAAAAAUCAACAAGGUCAAGCUCUAAAUUUAAAGGAGACAAUGAAGGGGCAAAGAAAACUCUGAAAAAGAAAGGUUCUAAGUCUGACCUAAAAGUUGAUGAAGACGAUGAUGAUGAAAUUGAUGAGGCUCACUUACGAAAGUUGCGAAAAAGAUCAUCAAGGUUUGAUUUAAAACAGAUUUUAGCAGAGGAGAAAGAAAAAAUGGAAGAAUUGCCACCAAAGAAAACACGUGCGUUACGUAAAAAGUCAUCAAAAACAGAUUUGGCGCAAAUUGACACAAGUAAUGAAGAGAACGUGGUUGUUACACGAGGUUUAAGUAAAAGAUCGUCUAAGACAAAUUUAAAUGAAACAUUUACUAGUGAAGAGAAUGAGAAGUCCUCAUUGAAUGAAACAUUUACCACUAGUCAAGAAGAUGACGAUUCCCAAGAUUUGAUGGAUGGUGGCCUUAAAAAGAAAAGGAAACUUUUCAAUGUCAAGGAAAGUUUCUUUAGCCCAGUAGAAUUUGCUGACAGUAAUGUUUAAAUGUUAUUGAGUUUCCUGUAGACAUAUAUUUUUAGCUUAUAUUCAUGGGAGCUUUUAGGAUCAGUAGCUGACUUGAUGACAACCUUGAUAGUUUGUCCAUACAAUAGCAGUUCCAAUUAUUUUUUUUUAUGAAACCAAUUUUGCUUAGAAUUUACACCACAAAUACAUUUUACAAUGUAGUUUAAAAAAAAUGUGGCCUGAUGGCAUCCUACUUUCUUAACUUAAAGCCUAUGAAUUGGCGUUAUCUCACAUGAAAUGUAAACAUAUAUUGUUUAUGAAUAAUAACUGGAAUACUUCCACUAGUCACAAGAGUUAUGUUCAGCUUGGCUGUAUAUGAUAUUUUUCUACUUUCUUUCAUAGAGCCAUCAUGUAUCUUGACAAUAUCCAAAAAAUAUUUGUAUGUAGGUACACAAUUGAUGUUACCGAGGUCAAGGUCACGCUGUUGAAAACAGGUUUUCUACCUUUCUUCUUACUGUUUGUCGGGUGCCCAUGCCUGAAAUAAUGCAUGGAAGGAAAAUUGAGGUCUUCCUCCACCAGUAAAACUGGAAUGUGGCCGUAUGACCUGUAAUGUGUCGGUGUGACAUAAAACCCAAUUAAACAAACAAACAAACUUACUGUUUAUAAUGAUUUUCCUUUUCUUAAGCUGAAGAGAAGACUAUAAGCAGUCUUCACUCGGGUGAAAAAUAAAAUGACCAUUAUGGCCCUCUUGUGUAGCUUAAAGCCUUGGUUGAGGUAAAUCUCUAAAGCUUUUAAAGGAUUUUGAUCUAAAUAAA